AUGAACACAACCACACUCUCCGUUCCCCACAGCAGGAACGGCAAGCAAUCCAACAUUCCAAUCGUAAUAGACUACUUGGAUGACAAAAAGAAGUCCGAUACCGCCAUUGUUCUUACACACGGUGCUAGUGGGGAUUAUUCCACAGGAUACUUACCUUUGCUAGCUCGAGUUUUGGCUGAGCGUGGAUAUACAGUAGUCCGAUGUACGCUCGUAACAACCGUGAUAAACGUCAGAAUCAAUGCCAUGAAGGCCGUUUUAGCCUAUUUGUUCAAUGACCAAGAGGAGAAAGCUGUGGAUCCAGCGGUUGCAACGCUUCGCUCUUCUACGUCUCGAGUGUACAUUGGCGGUCACUCAUUUGGAGCUAGGGUUAUCGUGAGCAUUGGAGAUGAGCUCAAAGAUGAUACAGAAUCACCCAACGCAAAGAAAUCGGCAGGGUCGAACGUCAAAAGCGAUAACUCAGCAUCUGUGGAUGAAGCAUUCAAGAACAAAAUACAUGGCAUCAUUACCUUUUCGUAUCCCCUUCAUCCUCCGGGAAAGCCAUCGGAAUUACGCGAUCAAAUACUUUUUGAUUUGCCGGAAGCCACCAAGUUGUUGAUGAUAUCUGGCACGAAAGAUCCAUUUGGAGAACUGCCGCUUAUGACCAAAACUCAGAACAAGAUCAAAUGCUCAUUAACAGCGGUGAGAAUUGCCAAAGCGGGUCACUCCCUCAGUACGGGCAAAUCCAAGAAAACAGCAAAGGAUACGGGCAGGACGCAAGAAGAGACAAUUUAUUAUUGGAUGGCACAACGAAUUGAAGAGUGGAUAAAGAAAGCUGACGAGGGUGUUCCUGGAGAGAAAAGAAAGCGAAAUAGUCAAAAGAUAUUUGAGCUUAUUGAAGUUGCUGUUGCAAACGAUACCUUCAAAAUUACUCGUGCCUGA